CAGCUGGCUGGUCGGUCAGAGCUAGUCGAGACUAGACGGAGAGUAGACGUGCAUCUCCAUUAGAGAGGAACGGCAACCUGCUAGCCCAACACACCGUGCCAACAGUCGCGUUGCAUCUCUGCUGUAACCCGAACCAACCAACUCUGAAUUCGCUCUAAAUAUGUCUAAUAUCGUCUGCUGUCAAACGCCUCAGGUUAUAAUGUAUGACCAACACAGAAAAAGUACAGCUCUAUAGCCAACGGGUUCCCAAGGACUUGAUUACAGUCGCUUCAAGCCUGAUAGUUUGUCGGUGCGGCUGCCCCCCCUCCCCUCUGCUCACGCCCGUUUAGUCAACUGGCAUUGCUUCUGACAACUUCCCCAUCUCUUUUCCUUUGGUGAAGAAGAUUUGGAUUCCCUUGUGGUCUCAGUCUGAUUCGCCUAUUGCCUUCCUUGGCUCCUGUUCUCUUCUUUCAACACUAGCACUUCCCUGGAUUUACGUCAUUCUCUAUUAGGCUUUCUAUCAAAAUUCACCCAAGAUGAUUCCAAAUGGUUAUUUGAUCUUUGAAGAUGAAAGCUUCCUGGAUUCCACGGUGGCCAAGAUGAACGCUCUGAGAAAGAGUGGACAGUUCUGUGAUGUAAGACUGCAGGUGUGUGGCCAUGAGCUGAUGGCUCACCGUGCUGUGUUGGCCUGCUGCAGCCCCUACCUCUUUGAGAUCUUUAAUAGUGACAUCGAGCCCCAUGGAAUCUCUCAUGUCACCUUUGAGGAUUUGGACCCAGAAGCUGUGGAGAUCUUGCUCAACUAUGCCUACACUGCCCAGCUAAAGGCAGAUAAGGAACUGGUUAAGGAGGUUUACUCGGCAGCCAAAAGGUUCAAGAUGGAACGUGUCAAACAGAUUUGUGGGGACUACCUGCUGUCUAAGAUGGAUUCUCUGAACGCCAUCUCCUUCCGUAACUUUGCCAGCUCUAUGGGAGAUAGCCGAGUUUUGGCCAAGGUGGAUGCUUACAUCCAGGAUCAUCUACUGGAUGUGUCCGAGCAAGAGGACUUCCUAAAACUUCCCCGCCUCAAGUUAGAAGUAAUGCUAGAAGACAACCUGACCCUGCCCAGCAAUGGCAAGCUCUACUCCAAGGUGCUCAACUGGGUGCAGCGCAGCCUAUGGGAAAAUGGAGACCAACUGGAACGACUGAUGGAGGAGGUGCAAACGCUGUACUACUCAGCUGACCACAAGCUGGUGGAUGGAGGGCUGGUGAUUGAGGGGCACACUGAGGUGUUUGGUGGCGAGGAGGACCACUUACAGUUUGUGCAGAAGAAACCCCUGCGGGAGAGUGCCCAGAGACAGCUGAGCAACAGCUCCUCAGGAAGCCUGUCACCCUCCAACCAGGCAGCAAAUGCUCCUAAACAGACCGCCAGGAGAGAGUGGAAGUACAUUGCCUCUGAGAAGACCACCAACAACACCUACCUGUGUCUUGCCGUGCUGGACAGUGUGCUGUGUGUGAUCAUCUUGCACGGUCGCAGCAGCCCCCAGACCUCUCCCUCUGCCACCCCCUGCCUGAUGAAGAGCCUGAGUUUCGAGGCCCAGCCUGAGGAGCUGGAAGAGCAGCCGCUCUCACCCAUGCAUUAUGCCCGCUCCGGCUUGGGCACCGCAGCCCUGAACGGAAGACUCAUUGCUGCAGGAGGCUACAACAGAGAGGAAUGUCUGAGGACUGUGGAGUGUUACGACCCCAAAGAGGACCGCUGGACGUUCAUUGCUCCCAUGCGGACUCCUAGGGCUCGCUUCCAGAUGGCCGUGCUCAUGGGUCAGCUGUAUGUGAUGGGUGGCUCGAACGGACACUCAGACGAGCUGAGCUGUGGGGAGACGUAUGAUCCGCACACUGAUGAGUGGGCUCAAGUGCCAGAGCUCCGGACUAACCGCUGCAAUGCAGGUGUCUGCUCCUUUAACAACAAGCUUUAUGUUGUGGGAGGGUCGGACCCCUGUGGGCAGAAGGGCCUGAAGAACUGUGAUGCUUUUGACCCCGUGACGAAGAGCUGGUCCAACUGUGCCUCCCUCAACAUCAGGAGGCACCAGGCAGCAGUGUGUGAACUGGAUGGCUUCAUGUAUGUGAUUGGAGGGGCAGAGUCAUGGAACUGCCUGAACACCGUGGAACGCUACAACCCUGAGAACAACACCUGGACCCUGAUAGCUCCCAUGAAUGUGGCCCGCAGAGGGGCUGGUGUGGCCGUCUUUGCAGGCAAGCUGUUUGUUGUUGGCGGUUUCGACGGCUCCCACGCGCUGCGCUGUGUGGAGAUGUACGAUCCUGCCCGCAAUGAGUGGAAGAUGCUGGGUAGCAUGACGUCGGCGCGUAGCAACGCGGGUGUAGUGGUGCUCGGUGACGUCAUCUGCGCUGUGGGCGGCUUCGACGGGAACGAAUUUCUCAACACGAUGGAAGUGUACAACCCCGAGAUGGACGAGUGGAGUGACUGCACCGAGGCCCUGUCUUCCCUCUCUGCCUGAGGGGUGGGAGGACGGGGGAGGGGGUUGGGGAGUUUCACAGUGGUUCACCUUUUUCCAAACUAACAGGCUUAGUGACGUAAUCGUGUUUUGUGAUGUUCUGUGUGUAUGAGCGGAUUUGUGGGUGGGAACGGGGUGGGUCGGUGGGGAUACGGGGGUUUUCAAUAGUGAGGGAUCUUCAGUGAAGAAAGGGUGGGUUGGUGGGGUGUGUUGCCAACAGCAACAUGGCGCCUUUGCAUAUUGCAUAAAAUAUUUUCCGUGCUGUAUAUAUUUUGUUUUUCCUCAUUUUUGUCGAAUGCCUACAUUUAAUACACAUUUAGUGCUUUUUUUUUUUUUUUUUUUUAGUUGAAUGGUUGCAAAUUGUUUUUCAUUGAAGGUUUUCAGAGAAGCUAGCUACUGUUGUCACCAGGAGGAUUGCUGAGUCUGGAGUGGUGACAUACUGGGUAACCAGAUGCAUUGAUUUUUGAAAGUUGACUCAAUAUUAAUUUUUUCCAACUGUCAUUUUGCUCACAUAUUUAAAAAAAAAACAAAAAACAAAAAAAACAAUGGUUUGAAGCCUUACUCGAAGUAUGAGUGGAGAAACACCUGUCAUGGCUUUUUGUGUCAUUUUAAGCUAAAGCUGGAUUGCUUUGAUUCUUAAAUGAUGGCCUUUUUUUAUAUUUUUAUACACUGCUGAUUUACCAAUAGAGAAAGUAGUAGCAGACACACUUGACAGCUUAAGUCAUUGAAUCUAACCAGUGCCAGUUUUUAGUAAUGUUUUUUUGUGCACACACCGCACAUGCACAACCACCACGCUUCUGUGCUUCUGCUAACCAAAUCUUUUGUUACUAUAAUUUAACUAAUUCAUGUAUGUAGAGAUGAAGUUUACUGAAAAUCUUUUUUUUUUUUUUUUGUUUCCCUUGUGAGUGUUUUAAAGUGUCAGGCAUUGGCAUAGAUUCUCUUGGAAGGAAUGUUAGAAUGAGAACAUUGUAUCACAUUUGUAACGACUUAUUUCUUAACUAAUAAACCAGUUCAACUUGA